AUGAAUCCCGAACAUAUACCGUUUCCACAAUUCAUCGUGACAUACUUUAUUUUGCGUUUCGUCAUGCUAGAGCAUCCUCUUAUAAUUUCGCUCGAUCUAGACACCAGUUAGUAUUAAUCUCGAACUUACACUUCCGAGCUAAUAUAAGUUCACUUAUAAGCGCUAACACUCAAUACGGCAACAUCACCAAUAUAUAAUUACAUCGUAUUGCCAUCCGCAAUCAGUGAAAUUUAUUCGUGAUAAUCGAUUGACGAAUGUGUUGAAAAAUGGAUUCUUUUGAAAUUCUAUGCGGCAUUGCCGCAGUAAUUCUUUUUCUUUACUAUUUUCUCACGUUGACUUUUGACUUUUGGAAGUCACGAGGCGUUCCUGGUCCACGACCGAUACCGGGAUUUGGCAAUUUUAAAGAUGUUAUGUUUACGAAGAUAUCCCCAGGUGAUUAUUUGACAAAAAUAUAUAACACUUACAAAGAUGAACCAUUAGUCGGGAUAUUCAGCAGGAAGACACCCAUUCUUAUUAUAAAAGAUCUAAAUUUAAUUAAGGAUGUUCUUAUCAAAGAUUUUACUAAAUUUGCUGAUAGAGGACUUCCCAUUUUUGAUAAGACUGAACCGUUAUCGCAACAUCUUUUUUCUUUGGAACCAAAAAGAUGGCGACCGUUGAGAACAAAUCUGUCACCUGUUUUUACAUCUGGUAAACUAAAGGAAAUGUUCUCUUUAAUGUCAAAAUGUGCUGACCACUUGAUCCAAUAUAUGGAAAAAAUAUCAAGCAAGAAUGAACCUGUAGAAUGCCGUGAAUUGUCGGCCAAAUAUACGACUGAUGUUAUCGGUAACUGUGCCUUCGGCAUCGAGAUGAAUGCACUGUCGAAUGAAGAAAGCGAAUUUCGUAGAAUGGGAAGAAAAGUAUUCGCUUUGACUUGGACAAGUAUAUUACGAACAAGAAUUAGACAAAUAUCUCCGUGGUUUUACAAUAAGCUCGGUUACGUUCUGCCAUAUACAGAUGUUACUAGAUUUUUUACACGCGUUAUCACAGAAAACAUAAAUUACAGAGAAACGAAUAAUGUUAUUAGGAAUGAUUUUAUCGAUAUGUUGCGCGAAUUAAAAAAACAUCCAGACAAAUUUGGUGAUUUUGAUUUGACAGACAGUUUAAUAACAUCUCAAGCAUUCGUAUUUUUCAUUGCUGGCUUUGAAACUUCGUCGACGACUAUUAGCAACGCGCUCUAUGAGUUAGCAUUAAAUCAGAAAAUACAAAACAUUCUGCGUGAAGAAAUUGACCAAGUUUAUGCAAAAUAUGAUGGAGAUUUCAUAUAUGACAAUAUUAAAAAAAUGAGUUAUUUAGAUAAAGUUUUCAAAGAAACCUUACGAAAGUAUCCAGUAGUGACAUUUCUUAUGAGGCAAUCCAUAACGAGUUAUACUUUCGAUGGUACCAAAGUUAAUAUACCGGAAGGUCAAAAGGUAUGGAUUCCUGUUUAUGCAAUUCAUCGAGAUCCAAGUAUUUAUCCAAAGCCAGAUGUUUUUGAUCCAGAAAGAUUUAGUGAUGACGCUAUGCAAAGCAGACAUCCAAUGUCUUACCUACCUUUCGGGGACGGGCCAAGGAAUUGUAUUGGUUCUCGCUUCGCUAUUUAUCAGAGUAAAGUUGGACUUGUAAAAAUAUUACGAAAUUACAAAAUCGAGACUUGCGAUAAAACUCCAAUACCUUACAUAAACAAUCCUAAGGCAUUUCUAUUAGCACCAAAAGACGGAUUAUAUUUAAAAAUAAUUAAAAUUAAUCGGACUUAGUUUUUUUUUAAUUAUUUAU